AUGGCCAGUGUCAACUUUUCUAACCUACAAGUUACGGAGGACAUGCUCAUUUACUUUGUGGCCCAUUGUUACAACUUGAAACUUUCAUAUGCUACAAUCAAAUUAUACAUGUGCGGUAUCAAAUUUAUGUGUCUCAAACACAAUAUACCAUUUCCUAGUUCUGCCGAAUUGAGACGGAUGUACGCCAUCCUGGGAGGCGUGAAACGUGCACGUGGCAAGAUCAGCAGACCUCGGUACCCAGUGACAUUCAACAUUUUGAAAGACGUAUGUGGAUAUCUACGACAAAAGUCAACUUCUUUCGAAGACUUGAUGAUGCAGACAGCAUGCAUUGUAGCUUUCUUUGGCUUCUUGAGAUGUGGUGAAUUUACUGUUAAAACAUCAUUUGAUCAUACAGUGCAUUUGUGCGUGAGCGAUCUGAUAAUAACAGAUGAUUACGUCAUGGUACACCUCAAAAGAUCUAAAACGGACCCGUUUAGGGAAGGGGUGAAGUUAAAACUAUUUAAAGUUGGGGGCAUUUUAUGUCCUUAUGUCGCGUGUUGUAAUUACGUGUCAGCCAGACUUAGGCAGAACCCUUCACCAGAUGAUCCCCUGUUCAUUGUGGGCAACGGACAAGCUUUAACACGUUCUAUAUUUAUUACCAAGUUUAAGCAUGUAUUGCAGUGCAUAGGAAUUAAUUCAGAACUUUAUAAUGGACAUUCAUUUCGUAUUGGAGCUGCCACCUCAGCAGCAGCAGCUCACGUGGAGGACCAUCUGAUUAAGGUUCUAGGAAGAUGGUCCUCAGACGCUUACUGUAGAUACAUUAGAACGCCUCAAUCUUGUAUCAGAGAGGCCCAGAUUGCACUUACAAAGCAUUAA